AUGGAUUGCCUAAUGAAGAAGUUAGACAACAAGCACUUCAGACCCUUUGUUAUUGAAAAGAAGGGUUUGGAAAUCUGUGAGGCUGGUUCUUCGGCUGAGGGCGAUGCAGAUCAAACACAGAAGCCGGAACCAAAUACUCAGGAUGUAGGCAACGUUCAGCCUUCGAUUUUGCCUCCAGAGGUUGUCGCUCCAACGGGCCAUGUUGCAUUAGUGUUCACGGAUGUUCGAAAUUCCACGCAUCUUUGGGACGCGAAUGCUGGUAUGCCGAUCGCUAUACGACUGUACAACCAGGUACUGCGACGGCAACUCCGGUUGUGUGGUGGAUACGAGGUGAAGAUGAAAGGCGACGCGUUUAUGUGUUCGUUCCAGAAUGUGUUAUCGGCGCUGAGAUGGUGCCUGAUGGUUCAGCUCGAUCUUCUUCGUGCGUCUUGGCCUUUGGAGAUCCUUGAAUGCGAGGACGGGGAGGAGGUUUAUGAUGAUAAGAAUGGAAAGCUGAUUAAACGUGGACUUUCUGUACAGAUGGGUGUUCAUUAUGGUAUGCCUGUGUGUGAGUCGGAACCGAUUACGCAUCGGAUGGAUUAUUUUGGGCCGAUGGUGAAUCGAGCGGCGAGGAUUGCUGGGAGUGCGAAUGGUGGGGAAAUCCUUGCUAGUGCCGAUGUUGUGCGUGAGAUAUAUUCGCAAGUGCUGAACGAGACGUACAAUCCGUCGAACCCAGAGUCAAAAGCGUUUGAUACUACGAUAGAAGGAAUUGACAUUGAAAUCAUUCCUGUCGGGGAGCGUCCCCUGAAGGGCCUCAAAGAGCCGGAAAUACUUUCGCUGGUGUACCCGAAGGAACUCAUUGGGCGUUACGAGGCGUCUUCCGCAUAUCAACUACACACUGACUAG